CGAAGUGAAGCAUCAUCACCUGUGUGACUACUUUUAUUGAAGACACCAAAAGUCGAAUACAGUGGCGUAGAUGUAGGUGGAUGCAUAUAGAGUGAGCUAUGCAUACUAUCCACGGACUGUGCAGGCUCUGCAUCGAACGAAACUUGCCACAGGUGACCAUUUUGAGAGGAAAAGAUGGUUUUGGUUUCACCAUCUGCUCUGACUCACCUGUGCGGGUCCAAGCUGUUGAUCAAGGCGGACCAGCUCAUCAGGCUGGAUUACAACAGCUGGACACAUUAUUACAAUUGAAUGGCCAGCCAGUUGAACACUGGAAGUGUGUGGAACUGGCGCAUGCCAUCAGGAAUUGUCGUGAUGAGAUCACAGUGGUGGUAUGGAGGACAGUGCCUGUUAUGAAGCCUUACUAUGAGGGACUCAUCCACAGGCCUUCUUACAAACCCUCCGGUUUUGACACUCAAUCUUCUAAUACAAAGACACAAAACAAAACCCCACCUUUGCUCUCUCGACCCACCAACCACAAACAGAGCCGGCGUAAGAAAGGAAGUGGGCACAAUGACACAGGAAAUGGAGUAGGAGAGUCAUUGUGGUCAUGGACUGGGAAACGAGAGGAGAAUGACUACAAAACACGCACUCAGACCCUCAAAGGUACACGUGUGACAUCAUCAAAUGGCGACAACUACAUCAUCCUAUCUCCUGUCAGCCCUGGAAACCAGAUAUUGCAGCCGGUGUAUUCUGACAACAAUGGAACGCUGGGAACUCUAGGAAGAAUCUAUCAGACUCAUCCAAGCAGAGAGCUGCAGCAGAGCCCAGGAUACCUGCAAGAUGGCCAACUGCAAGCACAAGCCACCCUAUGCAGGUCUAUGAGCAGUAAGACUGCCUCCAUGGCUCCAUCAUCCUACAGACAGAGUUUUGCCAACUACCAGAACUGCACCAUCGUCCAGUCCCACCUGCCCCACUCUAACUAUGGGACAUAUGUCAGUCUGGCCCCUAAGAUUCUCAUCUUCCCUAUUUUUGUGCAGCCACUGGACCUGUGCAGCCCUGAGAGAGUCCUGAUAUUAUCAGAGGAAAUGAUCCUUCAUGACAGUAAACACAUAGCUCUUAAGACUACAGUGUUCAUCUACACAGACUUGAUGCUGUUGACCAGGGAGGAUGAACCAGGCCGCUGUAAUGUACUGCAGAGUCCACUCUACCUCCAUCAGAUAGACCUGCAGGAUGUUCCUGCUGACAAACUACGGCUGUACAUCUCCUACUGGAUAGAGAGGACUGAGUGUCUUUUCAGCCUGGAAGCCUUUUCAGCUGAACAGAAGAGGAGGGUCGUCCAGUGUCUAAGAGACAAUAUUGACAAGCAGCUUGCCCUCAGAGACAGAAUCAGCCCUGAUCAGAUGCUGGAACCAAAAGCAGCCGAACAGACUGAUCUGGGUUUGCUGGGCUUCAGCCCUCACAGUGUGUCUGAGCCCUGUUCCCCAUCAUGCCCCUCUUCAUCGCCCAUCAUGAGAAGAAACAACUGCAGCUCCCCAGCUCAGCUACUCUCUCACCCAGACCUGCAUGGCAGCUCUGGAGAUGCAAGCCAAACUAUUCCACCUUCACGAGACAGCUGCAAACCUGCACACAUGGAGACACCCGAGAUCUGGAAGGAGAGACCGAAGGAGGUGAAAGGAGGUGGGGAUGAGUCAGAUCUGGAGAAGAGGGAGCAGGGGGAGGGUGAGAGUGCAUCCGAGACGAUCAGCGUUGGCGCCAGACCCACAUCUUCAUUGUCCUCUUCAUCUCCUCUCGUCAUUCCCAAGCUGUGCUUGGAUCGCUCCUUCAACACAGAUGCUUUGACUUCACCAUCCACUGAUGAUGAUGAUGAAGAUGAUGAGGAAGAUGAGGAGGAAGCAGACAGUGAUGAAGGCUUUCUGAAGAGGAGGAGUAUGGUAGAACCAUCUCCUGCUGGUGGACAGCAGAGUGGAGGCUUGUGUGUGCAGAGGUCUCUCCACAGACGCACGCACAGUGAGGGAAGUUUGCUGCAAGAGCCCAGAUCUCCUCGCUUCAUCUCCGAUCAGGCAAUCGACUGUAUAGAGGCCAAGCGGGAGACUCCGGAGCGCUGGGCAAUCCCCUCGCCACAGACUCUAAGGAAAGAGCUGACCAAGAAUGGAGGAUCUGUCCACCAGAUCUGUCUGCUCUUCACUGGAAGGAGGAUUUGUGGCAUGCCAAACUGUAAAUGUGACACAGGAAAAAGUGCUUUUAAAAAGAAGAAAUCCAAGAAUUUGGCCAAAGACAUGAAAAAUCGACUGACUUUCCUGCGGAAGAAGAGCAACGACAGACAUGGCAGCAAUCCAGUCAGCAAGCUUGAGAAAAUCCUCAAGUCAGAUAAACCAUCUCCAGAUGAAGCUGUCAAAUGGGCAGAGUCGCUCGAUGUUCUGCUUACUCACAAAUAUGGCCUGGCAGUGUUCCGCUCUUUCCUACAAACAGAGUUCAGCGAGGAGAAUCUGGAUUUUUGGCUGGCAUGUGAGGACUUCAAGAGGAUCAAAUCACUGUCCAAAAUGGCAUCCAGAGCAAAGAAGAUAUUCACUGAGUACAUCUCCAUACAGUCCUGUAAAGAGGUUAAUCUGGACUCAUACACCAGGGAGCACAUCAAGGAAAAGAUGGAGAACAUCUGUGCAGACUGCUUUGACCUGGCUCAAAGCAGAAUCUUUGGACUCAUGGAAAGAGACUCGUACCCUCGAUUCCUCCGCUCUGACAUUUACAUGGAAUUAACCAACCAAAAGAGACCCAACUCUUCCACAGAUUUAUCUUAGAGCUAUGAAAACAAACUGUAAAACUUUUCAGAUCAGUAUUGCUGGAGACAGGCAACAGAUGUAUGAAAUGUGGAUUUAGUACAACAGGACAUGUCUACAUUCACACUGUCCAUUUCAUGCACAGCUUCAUGUUUACACGUCAGUCGCUAAGCACCUUGGAGAGACUGUUGGAUCCUUCACGUCAAUUUGUACUAUUUGCUUUUGAAUGAUGCUUUGCUGCACCCUGUUGGAUGGUUUUGUCGAUGAGACAGUGAUGUGUCAUGAAUGUGCUCGGAAGGAUUGACUGAAGUCAAUUUAUUAGUGCCCAAAACAAUGGAAGAUCCAACGUCAUGGAAGAUGCAAAGCUUGUUGAGUAUUAGAGCAAAGAGACAUUUUGGUACUGUUUUGUUUAGCUUUACCAAGAUAUUUCAUUAUUUCAGUUCGAUUUUCUUGUGUACACUAUACCUCAACAUACGCCAGAGAAUAAACACCAUUACAAAGAUACAUUCCAGUUACAUGUUGAGAUGAUUUUGGGGGAAAAAGGAUUUCUUAAGUAUUGUUUAACAUUAAUGUCCUUUCCUUUUUUUUCUGGAAGGCAGUCGACACAGUGUUUAAAAGAUGACAUGUACGUCUAAAUUCUUAUUUGAUCUUUUGCAUAAACUACAGUUCAUGUUUUUUCUUAACAACUAUUGUUGUUUCACAUCAACAAUGUGGAAUUCAGUAAGGUUAAGACCACACCUCACCAUUGUUUUUAAUGUGUAAUCUUUAUAUGCUCUCAAUAUUACUCUGGAAAAAAUAUUUACAAACAGAACACCCAUUUCUAUUAAUAUAAUGGACUUGGAUCUAACCCUCAUGUUUUAG